UAAUUUGUUAGUUUUGUGUUAAUUAAGUUAGUGUAUAUGGGUUUAUGAUUUUUAGUGGAAUUAAAGGAUAAAGUUGCAAACUUUAUGUAUUUUAGAUAUUGAAUUAUUUAGGAAAAAGAAUAAAAUUAUUGUUUAGUUUUUCUAUUUUUGGAAUUUUUGAAGAAUUUGUUGAGGGAUUAGUAGUUGUUAUUGAAAGAGGAUUCAUUUCGGGGUUGAUUGGUUUAUGCGUUUAAGAUAGUGAGUAUGGCUGCUGGAACCGAUUUUUCGCCAUCUUAUGUAAUAGUAGAAGAUGGUUUUAAUAAUAAUGAUAUUUCUUCUGGGGUUGAAGAGAAGUCUCAGAAUUUGGAUAAUUUGAAUCAAGUGGCAGUUAGAAAACCUCCAAGACAUCUAGCGGUCGUUCGUCAUAGUAUCAGCACUGCAACGCUAUUGACGCCUACAGAUCCGGACUUUGAUCUUGGGAUUGUUGGAGUCAAGUCAACUUCGGAUGGUAUAUUGGAAUAUAUGCCGAUCAUCCGAUCAGGAAGCUGUGCAGAGAAAGGGCCGAAGGAAUACAUGGAAGAUGAACAUAUAUGUAUAGAUAACCUUCUAGAACAUUUAGACAGAACAGAAGAUUUCCCUUCCCUUGGAGCUUUUUAUGGGGUUUUUGAUGGCCACGGUGGUACGGAUGCUGCAUGUUAUGUUAGAAAGAACAUACUGAAGUUCAUAUUAGAGGAUCCACAGUUUCCAGGUUGCUUAAAGAAGGCAAUACGAAGUGCAUAUUUGAAAGUUGAUCAAGCAUUUGCAGAGAACAGUUCGGUUGAUAUUUCAUCGGGAACCACUGCGUUGACCACUUUUAUAUUUGGAAGAAUGAUGUUAGUUGCAAAUGCCGGUGAUUGUCGUGCUGUUUUAGGGAAAAGAGGCAGAGCAAUAGAAUUGUCAAAUGACCACAAGCCUAAUAGCAUAUCCGAGAGACAUAGAAUUGAACAACUUGGUGGUGUCAUUUAUGACGGUUACUUAAAUGGGCAAUUAUCUGUUGCGCGAGCUCUUGGGGAUUGGCACAUGAAAGGCCCAAAAGGCUCUGCUUGCCCGUUAAGUGCUGAACCUGAGUUACAGGAAAUUUUAUUGAUGGAAGAAGAUGAAUUUCUAAUUAUGGGAUGUGAUGGACUAUGGGAUGUCAUGAGCAGUCAAUGCGCUGUAACAAUAGCUCGGAAAGCAUUGAUGAUCCAUAAUGACCCGGAAAGAUGCUCGAGAGAGCUUGUUCGUGAAGCACUUAAAAGGAGUACAUGUGAUAAUUUAACUGUAAUCGUGAUCUGCUUUUCACCAGAUCCACCCCCAUGGAUUGAGAUACAACCUCAAGGGGGACAUAGGAGGAGUAUAUCUUCAGAAGGGCUAAAUUUUCUUAAAGGCAUUCUGGAUGGUAACUCGUGAGGUUUUAACGGCCGGCUACUAGACUAUCAAACUUGAACCAUGGUGCCAGCCUGGGGGCAUGAAAUGGUUCGUGUUUAUAACGUUUUGUGUACUUGGUUUGGGGGAAUAAGACCGUUAUUAUUGACGUCUUUUAUGUUUCCUUUUUACUUUAUUAUCUUGAAAUUUUGUACAUUUUGGUAAGCUGUGUCAUUGAUAGAUAGUACUCUUAUUUAAUUAUUUUUCCCAUUGUACAAUAUUUUUGAGUUUGCUAUAGUUCAGGUUCCUUAAACUUAAA